AUGGCGGGGGCUUCCUUUCAUUUCCCGCACCGCCAGUUCUUCGCCGCCUCGUUGACGGGAAGCGGCAGCGGCAGCGGUGGUGGCGGAAGAGGGGGAGGCGCGGCGCCUCCUCUGCCGGAGAAGCUACAGGACAAGAAGGUGCUCAUCUUGGGAGGGACGGGGAGGAUUGGGAGCUCAACUGCAAGAGCCCUCACCGAAAUCUACCCCCCCCUCCGCCUUCAUAUCGCUGGCCGGAACAGGUGAGUAUCCGGGUCCUUUCCUCGUCGAGCGCCCCUCCGUUGUGUAGUACACUCGGAGUGGAGGUUAGAAUGAGGGCCCUUCACGGCGCUUAGACGGUUGCACUGAAUUAUGAGGAAAUAAUUAUGAUCUAAAAAAUGUAGUAAGUUUUUGGAACAGUCGUGCAUUGUGUGCACAGAUAUCUCUCAGUAAAUAAUAUAAGCUAGGUCUGAAUUCGGUCCUUUUCGCGUUCUGUAAACAUAAUGCUCUUAUGUUUGCUCAAAAUGUAUUAUUACAAUGUUCUCAGUGGAAAUCAUCCGCUGUCCACUUUUUUUAUCUGCUUCCUGUCUUAUCUUUUUCUAAAUCAGUUCGCCAGGAAUUGAAACAAUCAACAAAGAGAAGGUCAAGCUCCAUGAGUGGAUACAUACGGAUAAUUUGCAAAGCAUGAUGGCUAUGGUGCGAGAAUUUAGAGACAAGAAUUGAUGAAAAGUUUUGUAAUUGUAAUUGCACAGGUGUCUAAAUUUUGAUCAGUUCAUCCCAGUAGAACAGAAUAUUUCUUUAAUCCUUUAAGGAAACAUGAACUACUAAUUUUAUCUUCUUUUCUGUUCAUUUAUUUUUUGAGUUGAUUCAAAAAACUUAGUUGAUAUCGACUAUAUAAAAAAAACUUACUUGUCCAACACUAGUUGGCAUCUCCAAGAAGGUUAUUCCAUCUCUCUAUUGCUUUACUUGGAUGCAUAAUUUAUCCUUGCAUAAACUUAAACAAUAACCAAUGUUAAAAUUUCAAGAUAGAAAGAAAACCGGAAUCUACAAAUUAAAUGUUGCCUAAGCCGAAAUGUGGAUACCACGGUCCUCUUAAAUAUUGUAAACACUCUUCCUUUCUAUGGCACACGUUGAUGGUCGUAUCUGCAAAACCUAAGGGUGGAUGUGUUUGUGCAAGGAGUAUGCAUAUUCUAGGCAAUUUAGCCCCCGGCCAUUUAUUCCUUCACUUUUUGUCUUUUAUGGAAAAACUAAAAUGCAUAUGUUUCUUGGACAGGGAAAAGGCAAGUUCUGUACUCUCUACGCUUGGUGAAAAUGCAAAGUUUGUUGAGGUUGACAUUGACAAUAAAAAGUCAUUGGAGGCAGCUCUUGAUGGUGAAUUAAACUGUCUGAAUGAUUAUUGUUUUCAGCAAUAUUAUUAUGCGUUGAGAAUCUCAGAUUUUUUUUUAGGCAUGGGGAUGGAAUAAUAGAUAAUACCAGAGCAAAUUAAUUCGUACAUUAAUGAGAAUUGGAGACCGUUGAAGGUAGGAAAUUGAUUCUUGUACAUGCUUUAUUCAAUGGCCUUCAACUUCUUCUGAAUGACAUGAAAUUUAGGAGACAUAUUUUUAAAACUAGUUUGUACUUCAUUUGAAGAAAUGAAAGGAUAUACUGCUGAGGAGACCAUAAAAUGCUGAAAAAUUACUGAAAUAAUCCUUAAAUAUUUGUAACUACUAUGAGGUGUAUCGAAAUACAUAUUGUCCUUUGUGAAUACAAAGCAUCUUUGCAAGACCAACGCCUUUUUUGGAUUAGAAUUAAGAAACAGGUUCAAGUUGAUGGAAUAACUCAGAUCCAUAUGUUGUUCGAAAAUAAUUUUGGGUGUAAAAGGAUGUAAACCCUGCCAUGUUUCUUAAAAGAGUGAUAUUUUUUUAUGCGUUGAAAAAUAGCCCACCCCCCCAAUUAUCGCAACAAAAAUUAGGUUUAUCCUCUAAUGAUUUCUCCUUUAAAGUGAACAAUUUUUUGGGAGACGAUUAUUAAUUUUUUUAUGCAUAGUAGGAACUUUUUUUGGGAGAUCACCAUUAAGUUCCGACACUGAUGGAUUUUAGAUUCUCAGAAGUAGAGUGCUAACCUUCCUUUCAUUCCUGCGUUUUUUUUGCAUUAGGUGUGGACUUGGUUGUUCAUGCAGCAGGCCCUUUUCAACGGGCAGAGAAUUGUAAUGUAUUGGAUAUUGCAAUUUCAACUAAGGUGAAUGUUUUACACUCCCGUUUUUCUUCUGCAUUAUUACUGAUAUUUACCUUAAUAGUGGUCUAAAAUAUUUGUUAAUAGCUUGAACUUAAUAAGUAAAAAAUCAUUGAUAAGGUUGAAAAUAGAAUUUAUUGAGACAUCUAAGUUAAGUCACGAAAUUUCUGGUCAAUUAAUCCCCAUGUAUGCCUUUAUGCCUGCUUUAGUCUCUAGAUUUGAUGGUACAGGUAAGUUGCGUGGACUUAUAGAUCCCAUAAAUGCUCACGUCUUUAUUGAAUAUCAUUUUCAUAUUUGUCACAAUUAAUAGAUUUGAGUCUUCAUGCAAACCCAUCUUCCAUGCAUGGUUUCUGGGUUCACUAAGGGUCAGAAGCACACUGUCUGAAAGUUAAAGUUGUUAGCUGCUUACAAUAAAUCACCAUCAUCUCUGACUCAGUUUGUGGUAAUUGAUUAUGCUUCUCAAAUUUGUUGCAUUAGACGGCAUACGUCGAUGUCUGUGAUGAUGCGGACUAUGCAUGGCGGGCAAAGUCCCUCCAUGCCACAGCUGUAGCUGCUGAUGUUCCAGCAAUAACAACUGCUGGAAUUUACCCUGGAGUGAGCAAUGGUAAAUUAUCUAUCACUCUUUCUUUCAUUUUAGGUAAGUAUUCUGAGGAGCAUUUGCCAAUCAAUCUACUGCGAUCUGUUUUCAAUCUAUAUCCUUCCCUGUUAAACGGAGUUAUAUUCAUUUUCUGUCUCACUUGAAGCACAGCCAGAUCUAGGGUACCUAAUUUUCGCAAUUGUAUGAGAGUGGCUAACUUUCGAUUUGUGGCGCUACUAUCUCCCUUAAUACUUGUAAGUUGCCAGAUCAACGCUAAUCAGAUAAAAAUUUCGGUCGGAGGUCAUAACAAUUUAGAUUUCAAAGAUAUUCAAGUUCCGAAUCAGGAUUUUAUGAAGACCGAAUUAUCAGUUAGGCAUGGAAAGAUUUAAGACUUCAGGACUCGUGCCACUUUGGGAUAAAACCAGUAAAGAUAUUGAAACGAGUGGUAUAAACUGAUUAAGAAAACAGUGGUCACAAUGGCUUUCGUUUUCAGAUCAGUGAUGACACCAACAUCAAAUGAAGGCAAUGAAACUGUAAACCAGUGGCCAAUGGACAUAACUGGUUAAUGAAUUUAGUCGGUUGACAGACAAGAAAUUACUUUGGUGGCACAGUUAUGAUAUCAGUGAGAAAUACCUCUAGAAGUAUACUUUGAUCUCGUGCACCAUACCGUGUUAGCCGGGUUUUGUCUCCCUUGUAUAAAUCAUUCAAUCUUAUCGGUUAUCUUACUGAUUACUGGACUUUUGAUGCCUAUUCACAUACAGUUAUGGCAGCUGAGCUGGUUCGUGCUGCCAGAAGUGACAGACGCAGUGGAGAGCCUGCACGAUUGAGGUAUAUUCAAGCUUUGAUAGCUUCUGAUUGUCUUACUCAGAUCAUGGAGAAAACAUUUUCCUUCGGAGGUACAAGUUAAUAAAUAGAAAGGCAGAUGUAAGAAAAUGGGGAUGGUAAAAUCCUAACUUUUUCUCAUAGCCUGGUUACAAGGUGAAGCAGAUUUCUAUACUGCUUCUGAGUAAAUGUUUCUUAUUUUUUCUUGUAAGUAAUUCAGCGUACAUGAUAUUAAGAUAUUAUCUUCAUGAUAUGUUAAUAUAAGAACAUUUUCCUUUUUCAACUUUUUCCUUCGACUGAGUGUGACGUUUUAAACCUGGGUGAUAAAAAUAAAAUAUUUGACUCACCCAAAAGAGACUUGAGAUUUGUAGAGAAAAAUGAUAUGUAGACCAAAGGGUAUUGGUCAGCUGCUUAGUCAUUUUUAAUUCUCAUUUUGGCGAUAAAAAUUCGUGUGGGAAGUAACAUGUUGUCAAUGCUUUUGAAUUAAUUAUAAUUGCAUUAGAGACGAAUAAAAGGACAUUUCGAUGGUGAACAUCUUGGAGUUUCUUCUGACACCAGAUUGGGAUAUCUUUCAUCUUGUCAGAAAGGCUUUCAAGGGAAUAAUACCUUAUCUGCGAUGCUUCUUUGGUCUAUACUGAGGAGAUGGGUCAGGAAUUUUCUGCAUUUAUUUAGAAGUGUAUCGCUGGUAGCAUAUAUAUGCUGUUCACUGAGAGGGGUCAUAUAAGCUUCUGUAUUUGAACACAUAAUACAUUUCCUGAUAGAGCUCUUGAUCAGAAUUUGGGUAAUGUUUCUCGCUGACAAAGGACUUGAAAUGUUCUUAAGGUAGAGACUUGAGAAUCCUAGUGAGUGCUUCAUCGUGUGUGGAAGAGGAAAGGUUGAAGAAGAUUUUUUUUUUGUUUGAAGGAGCAUGUUUUCUCUUUUGAGUGAUUCUUUAAGCUCAAAGCUGGAUAGAGUGAUAAAGUUAUUAAAUUUUACCUGCUAUUUGUUUCAUGAAUGUGCAAUUGGUAAAUGUCUUAAAAUCCAGCAAUUUUGAUUACUUGUACUGGUUCUGAAACUACGUUAAAAGUAAAUAGGCUUCUGCAAUAGUUUUGGGUAAUUGUGGUAGCGAAGUGUCAAUGAUUAGGUCAAAACUAAGGGAAAAUUGGAAAAGACCAAAAAAGAAAUAUUACAGCAGAUUUCUUAGCGUAUUCCGAUGUUAGAAAGUUGGAAUCUGUCAUCUGUGAUUCACAAAGAACUCAUACCCAUUAUGGAACGUUUCUAAAUAGCUUUUCCAGUGGUGGGUCAGACCCCAGAGUUUAAUGCCGAGUUCCAUUCCAAUUGAACAAGAAUAAGAAGAGUAUCAACUAACUUUUUUGAUUUGUGUUCUCCUUUUUAUUACUCGGGCAGAUACUUGCUGAAUCUGAGCUUCUCUGAAUGGGGUCUCAGUCAGAUUUCAGAGCAGUCCCUAGAUGGAAAGGGCUCGUUCCAACCCGGAUCAUCCAACUCAAAGAGAAAUGAAUUGAUGUACUAUUGUGUCCUUGGUCAUAACUCAUGCUAGAUGACAACUCUUAGCUCAGAUCGUCGAUCCUCAGGAGAAAGUAGUGAUGUCUGACAUGGUCGAAGUAGUGGGAGAUAAUUGGGAUGCCAUCCAUGGGUGCCUUAUCAGAGUUGUUGAGCAAUGGAUUUACUCAAAAUUGUCCAGGUCAGUGCUGAUAAUAGAACUUUCCACCACUCGAGCAUUUCUGAAGAGGAUCAAGCAACAAUGCUCCUAUUUAUUUCAACUAUUAAAGACUAAUGAGAUACAAAUGGAGACUUUAUUUUCCCAGUCUAUUACACAUCGGGCCAAUGGUACAGUACAUCAUAUGAAGGAUGCAACAUUUGUUAAUCAACAAAACUCCAUGGGCAUUCCAAGGAAAUUUUAAUUUCAAAUGAUCACUGGCACAAAUCUGGUGAGUUUCGAACAUUAUUCUCCGCAAAAUAUUCACACUCUCGCAAUGCAGACGAACGCAUUGUAUGAUCUUUGCAGUCACCCUCCAUAGCACAAAACUGUCCCUUACUUUUAGCAUGCGUUUCUGUGCCAUAGCUCUGGUGGGAAGUCUUUCGUUGCUUAAUUUCUUCUAAGCAAGUUUUGCUUUUCGGAAAACUUGUUCUUGUUCUCUGAACUUACCACAGAUAUCUAUAAUCCUUGAUCUUUAUACAUUUGAGGUGGCAUGAAAAUUCCGCUGUUAAGUUGUAAAGUUGUAGGAAUGCUAGCAUCAAAUACUUGAUGAGAGGAAAAAGUGCCAUUUAUAAUUAUCUGGUUUAAAUGAAAUCCCGCAAAGUCGUUUGGAAAAGAGAUAUUAAUUGUGGUUUUACACUAUGGCAAUUGACAUGUUUUUCUGACUGCUGCAUUUGGCAUAGCAGCUCUAAAUCUCGUGAUCAACUUAUCCUCUUGCUUGACUGCGAUGUACUGUACUAUCAUAUCAAGUCCUUUUUAUGUCCCAACACUGAGGUAGUUCUUGAAAAAGCGAGCUUCUUAAUGUGCAAGCUUAUUAUGCCAGUUUUUAUAGUCUAGUAAUACUUUGGAAGGGUUGCUGCUGCCUUCAAUGUUCUGCUUCCCGUAUUAGUUUUUUUUUUUUCUACUUUUAAUUUGUAGCUUAUUGCUGCUUAGUGUUGAAUUAGUGGUUCCUGCAAAUAGGUUUUUGAAACAAAGGCAACUUCCAUGAUACAAUCUCUCUUUCAGAUUCUUCUAUUUUACUGCGGGAACCGGUGGUGCUGGCCCCACAAUACUAGCCACAAGUUUUUUGCUUCUUGGAGAAGAUGUCGAGGCUUAUAAUAAAGGUAAGUCUCACACGACUGAUAUUGGGUAAUUUUGACUCUAAAGCGUACUGAUAUUUUCGAGUUAUUUCAGCUGCUAAUUUUGAUCCUAAUCAAUUGAUCAGGAGAAAAAAUCAAGUUAAAGCCUUAUACUGGAAUGAUGAAUAUUGACUUCGGAAAAGGCAUUGGAAAGAGAGAUGUUUACCUCUUGUAAGUUGCAUAAAAAGAUUGUAAAGGCAUGAUCAGCCAACUUGUAUCCUUGAGAGAAUCGGUGAUUUUGACACAACACUUUUCAAUACUCAUGUGUUGCCACAGAUUGAUUAUACUCUGUGGCCUGACCCCUUAAUCUAUAAUCUUAAAAAAAUCUUGGAAUAUGUCAAUUUUUGAGAAAAUAAAUCCAAGAAAAGGAAAAAAUAGUUCAAUUUGUUGUACUUUAAUCGCAUUUCUCAAUUCUCGGGCACUCUAGUUUGCGGCCCUCAUUGUUUGCCAGGGAAAUUUUCUUAAGGAGAUAUUUUCCAUCGCUACAUUCAUCAAGCUGAUUUUCUUAGCUAUUUUAUUCUUUCAGGAAUUUACCUGAGGUAAGCAGCACCCAUAAAGUAUUGGGGGUACCCACCGUUAGUGCCCGGUUUGGCACGGCUCCCUUCUUCUGGAAUUGGGGAUUAAUAGCUGUGGGAAAUCUUCUCCCAGCGGUAUGCCCUUCUUCUCCCAGAAUUUUUUUUAUGAGAGAAUAUGGUAGAUAUUUCACUCUACUUGGAUGAUGAAAUGAUAAGUAUGUUUGAAUUGUUUUUAGUGCAAUCUAAUGCUUGGGAUUUUUUUUUUUUGAUAUUUCGAGGCUUAGAAAAUAGCUUAAACCAGAGUAACUAUCUACCUUAUGCAACAGGAAACUAACCCUAUUUAUGGAGACCUAAUUUAUGUUAUAAAACUAACCUUUUGACUCUAGUGUUAUGAAUUUAUAAAAUAUGGAGAUAGAUAAUCUAAGAUGGACGGCUUGCAUGGACUUAAACCUCAUGGAAGUCAUUUGAGAUGACUCUGACGUGUAUUUAAGAGGACCGAUGGGAUUACCUAAUGAGAGAUAUUUUCUCCAUUUUAUGAGGUUCAGAGAAAGAUGAGGAUACCAAAAUAACUGUCAAAUUACGCAUGGUAAGUGCAGAAAUGAUGUGUAAUAGAGUGGAAUGGCAGGAGAAAAAUCCAUACCCUGACAGUGUUGUUGACGUUUCCUUGAAUAUUCAUUCACCACUACAGUUUUCUUCAAUCAGCUCGAAUGUUUUUCUGCUUUAACUUUCUAAAAGGAGAUAAAAUUUGAGUGUGCCUUAUCAUGUUCUCUGUUUUGAAUUAUUUGAGUGUGACUUUCUAAAAGGAGAUAAAUUUUUCAAUAGAUGUAAUUCAAGAAUUAUUUUACUCACAGUCAACUGCUGCGAAAAAUGUCUUGGAAAUUCAUUAAUGUAAGUUCGUAUUGGCUCAUGGAGUGAUCUAACGCGAGGAAAACUGCAGGAGUUUCUACAAGAUAGAAGCAAAGUCCAGAAAUUGGUGCAAAUUUUCGAUCCCAUUGUGCGAGCAACUGACGCCCUUGUCGGAGAGCGCGUGUCAAUGAGGGUCAGUAGCAUAUAAAUUAUUUUUAUAAUAAUAUUAAGCAUAAUUUCUUAAAUUAUAUGGACAAGAAGGAAGAUAAGCUGGACAUGCACUGUCAAUUAUCCUGAGGAGAAUUAUCUGAUUUUUUUUUUAUUGUCAAUAGGUGGAUUUGGAGUGUUCAAACGGCCUCAGCACCUUGGGUAUAUUCAGCCACAGGAGACUAUCUGUGUGAGUCAUAGCAUCCAAGAAACAUCCUUAUGCUGAAUAAAUUCCAAAUUUCUGCAUUAAAUUACUUCAUUAUUUAAGCUUGCAGUUUCAUUUAUAAUAUUUUCAUAUAUAUUGUAAUGAUCAAGGUGCCUAAAGAGGAAUAGAUUCCCCCCCCCCAAAAAAGAAAAAAAAGCUCAAUGAAUUGGGUGCCACAGGUCUUCUUUCUCUCACUACAUUUGAACAAUUUUCUUUCUACCCUCUUAUUUUCUCACCGCAGUUCAGUGGGGGUCUCUACGGCUGCAUUUGCACUAUCAGUCCUUGAGGGCAACUCACAACCUGGCGUCUGGUUUCCCGAAGAGGUAAGGCUUCUCCUGCACAGGAUGUCCUACCCAACGUCCCUCUUUGAUCUCCUGGCCAUUGAUCUUCCACAGGAAGGAGGAAUCCCCAUUGAGGCAAGAGAAGUGCUCCUCCGACGGGCCUCCCAGGGAACGAUCAAUUUUAUGAUGAACAAGUGAGAACUAUGGCCUUUUAAUCUCAGUUAUAUCCCAUGAGAACUAUGAUCUUCUCAGAUAGAGAGAGAAAAAAAAAAGAAAAAAAAAGAAGAGAGCUUUAGAUCUGUCUGGCGGCGCUCUCAUCUUCUUCCUCACUGAAACAGGCCGCCAUGGAUGGUGGAGACUGACCCGAAAGAGCUUGGUCUAGGUAUAUAUGUGUGA